AGUGUCGGGGAGGCAGAGGGAGCAACAUCGGCGUCGUACGCGGAGCCUCACAGCAUCACAGAUCAAACUGAAACAACGUGACUAGACUCGAUAUUUAACAACCAGAAGACAAACCCGUCAUCUCACCGCCUUUUCUACGCUUUCUUUGUGUUAUUUUUUGGUCCUGGAGGGGAACGGCGAGCGAGGCUUCACUGCGGCUAAUCAAUUCUCCUCUUCCAGACCUGGGAAUUACAAUGAAAAAUGUAGGUGACACGUUUUCUCUCACAAACCAGGAAUCACAAUAGCGAGGACGGCGACAGAAAGACAGCAGGGGGGAAAAUGGUGACGGGUGCCGCAUCUAUAGGAUCAGCAUCCUCUCUGUGGAGCCCCUGCGUAAAAGAAAAACAGUGUGGAAACUGGUGAACACGUGGAUGCAAACCUGUGAGAGAGAAAGAGAGACCUGCAGAAAACAGAGCUGGAAGCCACUUUGGAUGUGGACUGGACCGUCCCUGCACCACAUGGAGGUCUCCUGGGGGAUUCUCUCGGCUGUUUUUUAAAGCCGAGGCUCCUCACUAACUGUCCCCGCUCCUUUUUCACACUGUUUUUACUUCUUGUCGGGACUCUGAGGCUGAAGAACCCGCCUCGUCUGCUGUUUUGUUCUAAGCAAGACCAAAACCAGGUGCCAAACUGACUGUGUCAAGAAGAAGAAGCAAAAAAAUCUUUGAAACUAGCCAUCACCAAAUCACAAGAAGAGUUAAUUUAAGCUUUGAGAAACCUGAUUAAGUAACAAAAGGACAUCUUUAUUUAGUUCCCCUGUCCACCCACCACCACAUUAACACACCCUGCCAUCCUCCCAUUAAAGUCUCAUUUAAUCUCUUAUAUUUUAACAAACUUUAUAUCCGUUGUCUUCGCUCCGUGUUUGCAUCGCUGCCGCUCUUAAAGCUGAGAGACGCUGAUCAGUGCAUUAUUGGUUCAAAGUGCUUUAUAAACAGAUCCUCCAGCUUGUAGUUGUGUGCUGCAGGAGAGGCGGCGUGGCGAGCAGCGAUAACCGUGCCGUGGCGCCGUCUGAGCAUUUUAAGUCUUUGGCGGGACGGCGUUUGACUGACGGGCAACACGAGCCGCGUCUAACCUGAUAAAUAUAGACUCCACCGCUGCUGCUGCUGCUGCUGCUGCUGCUGCUGCUGCUAUCUCUAAGGCUUGGAGAUAUUUUAACCACGUCUCAGUCUGCGCUGUGAAACACUGUUAACACUUUGCCUAUCUCCUUCUUCCAGUUGCUUACACGAGAGACGCCUCUCGCUCUUUUCUUCGUCUUGUUUCUUCCACGUGUGGCGCUCGAUUUACACCGAACAAACCUGAAACAGCCCCUUUAUCUAAUCCCAGUGACCUCUUUUUUGCAUUCUUCCUUUUAAAAAAAACAAAACAGAAAACAAACAUGCAAUUUAAAACCUUUCACUGUAUUUACAUUUGUUGUGGGAGUUUGUAACCUAAAGCCAUACUGAACACCAGCCAUACAAAUUCUCAUUUACAACAAAAACACCCGAAAAUGUUUCAGAUUUCUUCCGCGGAGUGAUCUUCAGACACAUCGGUGCACAUUCAGGGAGUCGAUGAAGAAACUCGUGAGAAGAACCCUAAAUUUCCUACGUUUCGGAUGAGAGAAACGGCUUGUUUUUUCUGUUGUUUUUUUUAAUACACGUGUCUUAACGAGAUCGUAGUAAAUCUGUGAGCCGCGGUGUCGAGCGUGGCGGUGAUUGUGGCCGUGUCGAGUUCCCGCGUCGUCGUGCUCCUCUGCGUUGACGGAUGAAUCCGGACAUUUUCAUGUCUGUUCUGUGGGCAGAACCUCGCUGCCCUGCUAGAACCGGGCCCAAGCCCUCCUUCGUUCUCUUCUGUUGGGCCAAGCUAAACUCAGAGCAAAGACACUCACACAAGGGCAUCGAACGCACAUAGAUCCUCCUCUUUUUUUUUUUUUUUUUAAACCUUUUUCCUUAAUUUCGUCACCAGUUUCUCGCUUCGUGAAUGCCUUGACAUGCUCAUUUACUGACCUGUCCUCUAGACGCUUUUCUUAAACAUUUGAUGCUGCUUAUUGUUCAUUUAGCAGCUUUAUAAGUCAAACUACCGUCUAAAUUCACUGUUCUGCUACAUUUUAAACCAAAAUUUCAAGCAUAUUGACCUUUACUGACUCUCUUCCUCUUGAACGUUUAACUGGAAGAGUUUGUUUAUUGGCAGAUUGUGAGCCUGGUGUAAAAGAAUUAAGCCACAGCUUGUGCCAAAUUCAGACCGACUUCCUCUCGGCUUGUUUGCUGAACAAAGCCGAGCUCUCUAAAGCUGCCAGCGCUGCUGUUUACAGAUACAGAGCUUCGAGAUUUCAUUUUAAAAAGUAUUAUUUCUCCAUGUAUGAUUUUACAUAACCACGCAGGACAACAGAAGUGCCAAACAAAACAAAACAAGAAUCCACCCGACAAGUUUACAUACUGCGCUAAAUGUUUACAGACUACAUUUUUCCAUUGCAGUUUCUUACGUGAAUCGUAACUUUCGUGCCAUAAACGACUCCCAGAAAACUCUUCAGUCGGAGGUGUAUAAGACUCCUGUUGUGGGGGGGUCGUUCUGUUAAAAAGAGUUUACAGUUUUCUCUUUUUGUUUACAGAAAAUGUAAAAAAGAAAACAAAUAGAUUACUGCCUGUUUUGAUGAAUUCUGGCCCAGAGACUGUAAAACCGUCAGACCAAAUUUAAAAUAUCCGACCACCGCUGCCAUAAAACAACAUUACUUAUAAUCGGUUAUAAUUUCAGAACUACAGCCAUUUCACAGGCAGUUCGUACAGGGCCUAAAAACUCUGAAAGACCUCAAUGUUUACAAAAGCUGCUUAACGGAAGGAUUUGUAUACAGAGAGAAAUGUUUACACGAAGCUGAAGGAGUGAUAUGCCAAACACUUUCAUGAGACAUCGCCUGAACUGAGUGAACUACCGAGAAACUUUAAGCUUUGCUCCACAAGUUCAUCAGACUUUUCAUAUAAAACCUUUUUAUAAAUCAAGGACGCUCGUUAUUCACACCCGGAGCUUCGUGGGUGAAUUCAUUUUAACGGCGGCUCAAGAACUUUGUGAUAAAACAAUGAAACCGACGAGCUCCAGAGGGAUGUUCUGCUUGUCCCUCGCCCUCCUGCUGUCCUCCUGCCUCGCCGCCUCCACGGUCUCCAUCACCACGGAGCGGCGUGCCGUCGAUGGCGACACCAGGACUCUGACCGGCGCCGGUGGCGGGAGCUCUGCCGCAGCAGCCGGUAAAAGGAGCACAACAUUGUUCCGGCUGACUGGGUACAAACCGCCACUGCCGCCGCUCCCCGCCGGGCCCAAGGUGGCGCCCAAAGCGGCCGAGGUGGAGGACGGAGACGAUCCGCCGGCCGUGGCCGAGCUCCCACCGAAGCCCCUCCCUCAGACCAUGUUGCCAAGGAACAUGACGGCCGACGCCCUGAAGCCUCCGCUGGGCGCGGCGCAGGUGGCUCCGCCUCCCAGACAGCUGGUGGACGUGGACGUGUGCAGGGGUUACUACGACGUGAUGGGGCACUUUGACAGCACGUUCAACUGCUCCAAGGGCAGCUACAUCUACUGCUGCGGCACCUGCCACUACCGCUUCUGCUGCGAGCACCAGAGGAGCCGGCUGGACCAGGACUCCUGCAACAACUACAACUCCCCCGUGUGGGCCGACCCGCAGGUCCCCGUCACCGUCAACACGGGCAACAAGCCCGACCCGGACUUCGAGACGCUGCAGCAGCAGAGCAGCAGUACGGGCUACGUGAUCGGAGGUGUGAUCUCCUUCACGCUGGUGGUGGCGGUGGGCGUCAGGAUCGCCUUCAGCAAGGUGGCACGGCGACCUCGCAACAGGGACAUCAACAUGCCCAGAUCACUGGUGGAUAUCCUGCGUCACCAGUCGAGCCCGGUGCAGCAGGGAGAGAGGAACAACGCGGCAGUGUUGACCACCACCACCUCAGACGGACGCACAUCCAAAAACCUCUACACCCCCAUCCUGCAGAGCAAAGACAACCGCACUGGGAACUUGCACCACCAUUUUAACCAGCAGGGGUCUGCCUCCAGCCCCAAACACUCUGCUACCAUCGAGCGUGGCGCCCGCAUGAACAACACCCCCCAGCUCUCCUCGGGUCCCACCCUGCUCUCCAGCAGCAGUAAAGGUCCCGGUGGCGGCGGCGGCAUCAUCGGCGGCGGCAUGAGACACAACAGCAGCCACCCGUCCUUCUCCCACUCCUUCCACAACCUCGCCCAGCUGCCGCCGUCCUACGAGGCCGCCAUGAAACCCGAGCUGAGCCGCUACAGCUCCCUGAAGAGGCUGGAGAAAGAACUUGACGAGUACUCCGGCUACUACAACUCCAAGCGGCGCUCCAACAACGCCCCGCCCACCUUCUACUCCUCGCAGCACUACCUGCCGUGGGGCGGCGAGUACACGCUGGGCUCCCGGGGCACGCUGCCCCUCCACGGCUCCCGGCCCCGCCUCCACAUCCCCGCCUCCACGCCCAACCCGUACCCGCUGCCCGCCCAGACGCAUUACACCAGCUCCUCCUUCGACAGGCCGCCGCGCCGCGUCCGCUCCCAGGACCAGCUGCUGGCGUUCGGGGAGGGGAACACGCUGUCCCGCCUGUCCAAGAACCAGCAACACCAGUACUACAAAGCCAUGAUGAGCACCAGCAGGGGCUCCAACUCUCAGACGCUCCGCAGGUCCCACGAGAGGCUUCUGGUCUCCCCUGACCGCCUGGAGGACCGGCUGAUGAUGGGGCUGAUCAUCAGCGGAGGAGGCGAGCGGGGCGGAGGCAGCGGGAUGGUGCCCACCAUGGGCCGGCUCAGCCACCACCAGAAGGCCCAGUCCCAGCAGAACAUCUGCGUCACGCCGUCCAUGGACCGCCACCACAUGAUCAAGAUGAACUCCCACCCAACGCCGGGCCACGACCACGACAGAGACCGGGACCGAGACCGAGACCGAGACCGAGACCGGGACCGGGACCGGGACCGCAGCUCCGGCAUGGGCAUGCACGGCGGCUGGGACCACGGAGGAGGAGGAGGAGGAGGAGGAGGACACCCCAACGCCCGGCGGAUGGCCUUCGCCAACAAGAGGCAGAACACCAUCGAACAGCUGCACUUCAUCCCCGGAGGAGGAGGAGGAGGGGUGCAGGGACUGCGGACUGGGAGUAAGAACGAGGUGACAGUGUGAGAGGACGAGGGAACAGAGAGAGAGAGAGAGCAGGAAGAAGCUGUGAAGAAGCUGAGGAGGCAUUUAGAGGGAAGAUGAAGUGGAGAGAAGAAGUGAUGAAGAGGUUUGAUCUCCGCUGGCCGCCUCACAGGGCUGCACACACACACGGCCCCCCCUCCCCUC